UUUCUCCCAACCAAUAAAAAUCAUGGCCCCCAAAUCUGUCCACACUCUCCUCGCCUCUCUCGCGCUUCUCGCAAUCGCGCAUUCCGCCUCCGCCGCUCGUGGCCCACUCGCCGGCGGCUGGACCCCGAUCGCGGAUCCAAACGCACCGGAGAUUGUGAAAUUGGCGAAAUUCGCGGUGGCGCAGCAUAACUUCGAGGCGAAGACGGGCUUCGCUUUGAAUUCCGUGUUGAAGGCGGAAUCGCAGGUGGCGAAUGGUGUGAAAUACAGGCUGGAGAUGGACGUCGGCGGCGGCAGCGGCCCUCCCCCCUAUAUCUACUCCGCCGUCGUAUGGACCAAGCCUGCGAUGGGAGUCCAGCAGCUUGACUCCUUCGACCAAAUUAUUAAAGCCUAAAAUAGUAGUAAUAAAUUAAAUCUGGUGUUUGGAUGCGUGUAAAUAUGUUGAGGAUAGUUGUUGAGUUUCAAAUUUGAUGCAUACUUUAAUUCUAAUGUUUUUACCCA